UGGCCCAGCCCGGCCACUGCUCCAGGUCAGCGCCCCCCCUCCAGAUAUAACUUCCGGGCUCUUCGCUGAGGUCACCGGGUUCUAGUUCCGGGGCUUCCUGACAUUCGCAGGGGCCAGGGCUGCAUCCAUCCAGGCCUUCUCCUCCUCGUCUUCGUUCCACUCCGGGCUGAGUAGGGGGAAGCCAUCCCCCCGGGGCUGAGACCUAAGGGCUGUCGUCUCCCACCCCUCAUCGCUUGACGUCACAGGGCCCUGCCCCCCGACCCCUCCUCCGUCGUCACCACCUGCUGUCCCAUUACGGACAGAAGGAGCUCUCCAGUCAUCCAACAUCAUCCCUUUUCACCAGGAAUAUCGGAAUAGCCUCCUAGUGGGUCUCCCUGCCUCCAGUCUUCACCCGGGCUAUCGGAAUAGCAGUGGAUCUCCCGGGCUUUCCUCUCCAGGCCUCUCGGGAGGAAAAAAAAGUACAACUGAUGGAUGCGUUUGGAAAACGUGUUCCAUGUGCAACACCUGGGAACCUCUCACCUCCAGAAAGGGGCCAGAGACCCGGACUAGGACCAAGACGGAGCCCGAGUACAAGCCCCGGACUGGGAGCAAGCGGAGCCAGUGUUCCUGGGCCAGCAGGCCCAGCAAUGGCAAUGUUCCGGAGUCUGGUGUCCUCGACACAGCAGCGGCAGCAACCACCAACAGCUGGGGCCCCUGCUAGUUCCCCACAGCCCCCGGCUGAGCCCAGUGCCAGUGAGAGUGACCUGGAGACCCAGUACAGCUGCCCUAUCUGCCUGGAGGUCUACCACCGGCCCGUGGCCAUCGGCAACUGCGGACACGUAUUCUGUGGAGAGUGUUUGCAGCCAUGUCUCCAGGUGCCAUCUCCACUUUGCCCACUCUGCCGAGUGCCUUUUGAUUCUAAGAAAGUGGACAGAGCUUCCAGUAUGGAAAAGCAGCUGUCAUCCUACAAGGCUCCAUGCCGGGGCUGCAGCAAGAAGGUGACUCUUGCAAAGAUGAGGUCACACAUUUCUUCCUGCAUGAAGAUCCAGGAGCAGAUGGCCAGCUGUCCCAAGUUUGUCCCAGUAGUGCCAACGUCCCAACCCAUUCCCAGAAAUAUCCCAAACAGAUCCACCUUUGCUUGUCCAUACUGUGGAGUUCGUAAUCUGGAUCAGCAGGAGCUGGUGAAGCACUGCAUGGAGAAUCACCGCAAUGACCCCAACCGCGUGGUCUGCCCCAUCUGUUCAGCCAUGCCCUGGGGUGACCCCAGCUACAAGAGUGCCAACUUCCUGCAGCACCUCCUCCAUCGCCAUAAAUUCUCCUAUGACACCUUUGUGGACUACAACAUCGUUGAAGAAGCUGCUUUUCAGGCCGCCCUGGAGCUAUCCCUCUCUGAGAACUGAAGGCAGCCCUGGCUGGGCCCAAACCCUUAUCUGUGGUCAGAGGUCACCUUUUCCAUAGAGAGGGGCAAGAGGCUUGCUCACUCUUCAGCAUUCCCUAGUAGUUAUGCUUCUGUGUCACCUUUAUUUGAAUUGUACCUUUUAAAGUAAAGAAUUCCCUGCACUCAGAGAGCCGGCUAACCCCAAGGGCCAGUUCUCAGAGCCCUUCUGUGAGUGAGAAAAGAUUGAUGAACCUUUUACCAGUUCAAAGAGGACUUUUACCUCUCUUUUGGGUAAAGUUGAUUUGUUUGGUGUUUGGAGACCCAUAUGACAAUCCCUAGAGGGCAGCUGAGUGGAGGGAGAAUGUUUGGCUCUGGAAAAUUGGAGCAUCGAGUUGUUCCCCCCCCCCCCCCUUCUUCUAAGUAGUACUUUGGCUUCAUGCUUCUGAAAACAGUUUGGAGAGCCCUGACUCCAUUAUUGUUGAUCCAGACAUGUUAGACUUGAGGGGAGUGGAGAGAUGAGAGAGGCUGAAAGAGAAAUUUAACUGAAGACCUGAAAGGGAAGAAUGUUUUCCUAAAACUCCCUCCUAACAUCUGGCAUUCAACAAAGUUUCCACCUUGCUCAUUUGGUACCAGCUUUUGUGAUACUUAGAGAUUCUGGCAUUUUUGUCUGUUAACUAGUAUGAUAACCUUUUCACAUUUUAUAGUGUGAGAAAAAAGUAGUUCUUCAUGUUGCAAUAUCUGUGUUUGACUAAUAACAAUAGUAUUUUUAUGGAACAUUUAAAAAAAUAUAUUUAAAAAAAUCAACCAAGUAUAGGAUCAACAUAGGGGGAGCGAUAGGGAGCCUGGGAAAGUCAGAAUGAAAACUGGAGUUAAAAGAGGGGUUUUCUCACUUGUGCUUGUGUGACUUUGAGGUGGCUAUGUUCAUUGGAUUAUUUCUAUAUUUUUAAGGUUUUCAUUGUGUCUGUUUACCUUUUCCUAAUAAAAAGAGACUCUUGCUCCCUUGUGCAAGCAGUGAUGCUGCUAGUGUGUCAGAGGUACUAGGUCCCAGAUGGAUCUUUACAUAAUAGAAACAGAAUUGCUCCCAGGCUUAGGAGAAGAUUAGACCAGAAGGGAGGAUGGAAAAGAGGUGGCUCCCUACUCUUUUUUACCUCUUCUGGAAAGAGAUGACUGGAACUCACUCCUCAGGCAGAAGCUUCUAAGCAGCUUCACUGAAUGAUGGGGUCUGUAACAAUCCCCAAACCAGGUGAGGAGAGUGGUUUGGAGCCAUGGACCAUCUUUUCAGCUAAUACCUGAGCUCAGCUUUGGGGUUUGGGAAGAAGUUCAUAAGCUUUCUGGUUUGUGUAAUGAUAUAAAUUAUUGUUGUCUUUAAAAAAAAUAAAAUAAAAUAAGCUUCA